ACACAAAAUUCUUGUUGAAGUUUAAUUUUUGGUUUUCUUCUUAUCAAGAUUUUUAAAAGAUAGUUAAAAGUAAUUUUUGGUAUCAUGAUUUUUCCUAUCUUCUUGAUCUUUCAAAUCAUUCCAUUCUUGGUGAAAUCUUUACCUGUUGAUGGGAUUAAGAAAUACUCUACUUUGGAAGACAAUGAACAGAUGGAAUUGUGGGGAUCCCCAAGAACUACAAACCCAAUGAAGUUUGAUGAUUUAUAUCAUGAUGGAAGUGGGGAUGAUCAUGAUCUGGAACCAUUUGUUGAUUCUUCUUCCUCAAGUCCAAAGACACAUGACUCUGAGGAUGAGGUCUGGGAAGGAAAACAUGGUGAUCAUCAUAUCAAGGAAGAAGGAUUAUAUGAACCAUUUAGGCAUGAGUUAGACAAUGAUGGUAUUUAAGGAGUCUGUAAAUGGUUGUGGAUACUUUGGAUUGAAAGUUUUGAUUGGAAUCUGGAUUACAUUCACAUGAUAUAGAAAACAAACCUUUAGAUUUCUUGAAGAAAGAUAGUCAAUUAGUCAUAGAUCUAAUUCCAUUUGUUUCAUUCAAUUGGAGUCCUGCAGAUUUAUGAGUGGUAGUAGUACAACUCCCUGCUUUUUGACUUGUUUUUCUUACAUACAGAAAAUGUUUUUUUUCAAAUGAU